AUGACCAAUGUCGUUAACGGCCCACAGGAUCGCGCGGGAACCAAGCCGCCGCCCGAUGGCCAGCCAGCCCAUGUAAUUGUUGUCCUUUCUAGGUAUCACCAGUCGGAUUACUCGCCCGAUGAGGAAGAUCACAUAACUGUGCAUGUCGCUAGCAAGAAGUCGUGGGAGGCAGAGGACAAGUAUGCUCGGAAGUUUUUCCACAUCUACAAGAAGUCAGCCUCUAACGGCGAUGAAUACAACGAGUGGCGGACUCAACAAGACAAGAAGAACAAGUUUCGUUCGGAUACGAUCAAGGAGCAGCUCAAGGAGGCCGAGAGCGUGGACCUCUUCAAGACACUACCCCCAGGGCCUGCCAUUCCUGACGAGGAGUGGAAUUGGAUCCACCUUGAUUUUAUCUUGGAUGCUCCGGAGGGCUUGGAAGCAUACUUGACGGAUCCUACUCAUGGCUACGGGGCUCGCCAGAAAAAGCUUCUGGAAGGAGAAGGGGGCUCCGGGAGCGAACUUUGA